UACCGCUAACGUCGUGACUCCACCGCGAUCCGGUGAUAACGCAAUUAUCUUCACUAUCCUAACUAUUCCGCAUCAAAUUCCCAAAAGAAUUUUUUUUUUCAACUGAAAAAAAAGAAAAAUCGACGAAAAAAAAAAGCAAACUUAUCGCACUCAUUCGCAAUUAAUUAGAUAUUAAUUAAGUGAUUACUAUGAUAAAAUAGGUGUGAAUAAAAAAGUGAUUACUAUGAAAAGAAUAGUGUGUAAUUAAUGAAGCAUUCCAUUCUCUACGAAAAAGCGGGAGAGAAUUUCAAACCCCCUGAGACUUUAAUUCAAUCAUUAAAUCAAAUUACCCAAUUAAUUAAUCAGUCAUUGAUUGAAAAAUCAUGGAAUCAGUAAAGUAUUCCAAUAAAUAAUCCACGGGUAAUUACUUCCAAAAAAACAGUGUCUUUUUUCGGCUCAAACCUUAGAAAUGAUCAAUUCGACCUUCACGAAAAAAUAGACUAAUGAUUUAAUUAAAUUAUCAACUAAUCAAAUUCCUUUUCUAAAUAUGAAGGAAAGGAUGAAUUCAGAAUAUCUCGAAUAACCCAUGAAUGAUAAAUUUUAUUAAAUAAAAUGUGUGAAAAACGUGAGACAAAUUAAUAUACCGAGCUAAACACAGAAUUAAUUGCGAGCGGUGGUAAUUAUUUCAUGAAUCAUCAUUAGAAUAAUUCUGGGAAUGAAGUCUUUUUUUUUGUGAUGAAAUGCUGAAGAAUGUAUGUCUUGGAAUUUUGUGGAGUGUACCACUCAAUUAAAGAGUGUUGAACAAGUGUUUAAUAAAAAUCUGGAGCACGUGCGAGGGGUAACGACACGUGCCAGUGUUUUGAGAGAAUCAACCUGACGCGUGUCCUAACGGUAUCAGACCUGAAGAUCACCCCCUCGUGCUCAAGUGCCCGGAAGAAGGCUCAGCAAAUUAUUUACAAAUGCAAAGAGAAUAAAAUGUAAUUACCGUACCGGAGAUAAGGAGCGAUCUAGUCAGAAUUUCUGGUCAUUAGUUUGUAAUUUGAAACUGUCGGGAUGAUGUACUCGGUGGACAAUCUGGAGCUGGACAUGAUGAACAGGCAUUAUAUCUACGAUGCCCACUCGUUCCUGGGGAAUCCUGUGAUACCACAGCUACCUCCACACUGCGGUGCACCGACGGCCACCGUUUUACCGCCGAUGGUACCCCAACUUCCGCCCUCGCAUCCACCUGGAAGCACUGGAAGCUCAAACUGUAGUGAACAUUAUCCAUUCGAUGAAAAUAGCAGCGAUGAUGAGAGUAUUUACAGCAGUGAUCGUGAGAUUCGAUCUAGGGACGGACAUUCCAGGAAGCGCAGUCAUGAUUGCAUGAUGGAGGACGAGGAUGGGCCGACGUUGAAACGUCCACGUCAAGCAGUCCAACAGCGACAAGCAGCAAAUCUCCGGGAAAGAAGACGUAUGCAGAACAUAAAUGACGCAUUCGAGGGUUUGCGAGCGCAUUUGCCCACUCUACCGUACGAGAAACGAUUGUCAAAAGUUGACACCCUCCGUCUCGCCAUCGGUUACAUAACAUUUUUGACAGAACUCGUGAGGGCUGACAAAGGCAGUGACACCCACAACGGCAGUGGAACCAUCUCCAGGUGCACGGGAAGGGAACAUACCGAGAAAGUAAUAGUUCACAGCUACGGUGGAAAUCCUUUCAUCUCGCAUUCACUCUCCUGGUCGAGAAAAUCGGAUAUAUCACCCAACGGGAUGAUGUUCGCGAAGGUCUGGACACCAGAGGAUCCACGUCUCACCAAGAGUUCGUCGACACUUUCAAAAAUUGAGGCGAUGGAGAUGGGGAAGGUGUGGUCCCCAGAGGAAACUCAUACAUCGAAAUCCGAUAAUUCUGUUGACAAAUUUGAGAGCCCGGAGAUGCCCAAGGCCUGGACACCGGAGGAACACGGUGUUCUCAAGAACAGCAUCAACGAGAGCAUGGAAAUGGCGAAGACGUGGACAGAACCUACAUCUACCCUGAAAAAUUGCAUGGAAAAACAUUUGGCCCUGGACUGCGUCGCUGUCCAGUCGUAGGGAAAGGGUUAGUGGAGGCAGACUGAAAUUUUCCUACGAAAUCAUCGGGUUAUUUAGUUUUUAGGGGUCUGUCUUCACCUGGACGUCACCAGUGCAGCCAAAAGAGAAAAUAAAUCUAGUCGAAUCAAGUCAUUAUAUUUGUAAGAAUUCAGAUUACUGUAAUUAUCGUGUGAUAAAGAUUAUU